AUGUCUUCCUAUCUCGUCACCGGCGCCAGCCGUGGUCUUGGUUUUGAAUUCGUGCGGAAACUUGCUAUUGAUCCAAACAAUACUGUCAUUGGACUUGUCCGCAACAAGGCCGCUGCCGACACAAAGGCGACAGCUGAGGGCCUUCGUAAUGUCCACAUGGUCGAGGCACAGUACACUGAUUUCUCCUCGCUGAAGAAUGCCGCCGAAACUGUGAAGAAAAUUACCGGGGGUAGUCUGGACUAUUUGAUCAACAAUGCAGCCGUUGUGUCCCACAUCAGUGGAUACAAGACAUUCGAGGACUUUGAUGAUGAUUUUGAAACUAUCGAAAAGGACCUUUGGGAAUCCCUGGAAAUCAAUCUUCUGGGCGUUAUCAAGACAGUUCAAGCAUUUAUCCCGCUGAUACGUAAGGGCAAGGCAAAGAAGGUUCUUGCAAUUUCCACCGGAAUGGCCGACCUUGACCUGAUCAAUGCGACCGAAAUUGAUUUCGCUGCUCCGUACGCUAUUAGCAAGGGCGCGCUCAAUGUCGCGAUCGCUAAGUACAACGCUUUAUACAAGAAAGAAGGCAUUCUAUUCCUUGCUGUCAGCCCAGGAUAUGUCACCACUGAGCGAAAUCAAGAGGAAGUAUCGCCAGAAGAUGCCGAAAAGGCAGCGGUUCUUGUCACCAAAUUCAUUGAAUAUGCUCCGCAUUUCAAGCGUCCUCUGACACCCGAGGAGUCGAUUUCUGCAGUGCUCUCCGUCUUACACAAAGCUUCGAUUGCGAAUGGAGAUGGUGGUGCAUUUAUCUCACACUUGGGAACUAAACAGUGGCUGUAG